AUCCACGUGAGGAACGGCAGAGGACAAAACAUCAGUCGGAACUCUCACUGCUCGGCCAUGGCCGCUUCCUUCCCUCGCGAUCGCUACCUCAGCCUGAGCUGAGCUGAGUGACCUUAGCAUCUCCUCCCUCCUACGAGCUCUCCCCACUGCUCUCACAAUGGCGGCAGAAGCGCAAGGAAGCAGCCAGUCAGGGCCCAGCCCUAGAGCAGACGCCUCGCAGCCUGGCUCCCCCGGAGACAAGCCGGCAGGGCCGGGCGUUGCAGCGGCCGCCUCGAGGGUUGGCUCCUCCGGUGAUCCCGCCGCAAGCAAGCCCCCGGCGGCCCCGGCGCUUAGCCGCCAGGAGUCCGUCAAGAAUGUCGCCUUCAAAAUCGCCUCCGAGCCCCUCCAGGACCCCGACCCCAGCGUCUGGGGCGUUCUCACCGCUAUCAACACCAAAGCCCGUGAGCGAAAGCAGGGCUUGAAUAUGUAUCUUAAUGCGAAUGUGCAUUAUAUCGGCCGUCUGGUAAAGGAUGUCCUGUUUCGAAUCGACUCGGGUAUGGUUAGUGGAGAGCAUUGCAGAAUAUUCAAGGAGGGCACAAGUAGAGUGGUCUUGAAAGACACCAGCUCAAAUGGCACUUUCGUUAAUUGGACAAAGCUGGGGAAGAACAGCGCUGAAGUAGAAAUUCAUCAUGGUGAUAUUAUAUCGUUUGUCGGCGCUCCUCACAGUGACCAUGCAUUCGCAUUUGUAUUUCGGGAAGUUGUGAAAUCAACUCCAGCGACAGAUGAUAAAGUUACCAAAAGGAAAGCAAAUGAGCUUGCUCCCCAAAAGAAAAGGCUUAAAGGCAUUGGCCUUGGUGCUCCAGAAGGUCCUAUUUCUCUUGAUGAUUUCCGUAGCUUGCAACGAUCAAACACGGAACUAAGGGAGCAGUUGGAGAAACAGGUUCUGACCAUUGAUGCGCUAAAUAAUGAGAAUCGUGCAUCUGCAGAGCAUCAUGAGAAAGAAAUCAAGGUUCUCAAAGAAUCAAUCUCGAAUUCUUACCUUCAACAAAUGAAGGACUUGAAAGAUAUGCUAAAUGGAAAGCAAAAUGAGCUGGUGGAGUUAUCGAAGUUAUCUGCUGAACAAAAGCAAGUAAUAGAAGAUCUCAAUGCAAGGCUGAGAGCUUCUGUGCAAUCUUGUAGAGAAGCAGAUGAAAUAAUGAAGAGUCAGAAGGCAUCUAUAGUUGAGCUGAAGUCUAGGUUGGAAGAAGAGCGAGACCUACGAAGAGAAGAACGUGAGAAGGCUACAGCAGAUUUGAAAGAGGCCGUCCAGAGAGCUCAUUCAGAGGCUCAGGCAGAAUUGAAACGUUGGUCAGAUGCUGCGCUCAGACGAGAAAAGGAGCAACAGGAAGUACUUGAUAAACUUCAGGAACUGGAGAAAGAAAGAUGUGCAUUGCUAGAGAAUAUGAGGUGCAAACUGGAAGAUGCGAGACACAACUUGGUUAUCUCUGAAAAUAAAGUACGGCAAUUAGAAGCUCAAAUUCAUGAAGAGCAGCAAGUCUCUGCUAAAGGAAGAAAUAAAGUGGAAGAACUUGAGCAAGAACUAAGGAGAUUAACAAAGGAUCUUGAGAAUGAAAAGCAGGCUGCUCGAGAAGAAGCCUGCGCUAGGGUUUCUACCCUCGAGCUUGAGAUAAGUGCCGCAAUCAGGGAUCUUGAUUAUGAGAGGAGGAGGUUGAAAGCUGCUCGGGAGAGAAUAAUGCUUCGGGAAACACAGUUACGUGCUUUCUAUUCCACUACUGAAGAAAUCUCAGCAUUAUUCAGUAAGCAGCAGGAACAGUUAAAGGCAAUGCAGAGGACUCUUGAGGACGAGGAAAAUUAUGAGAAUGCCUCAGUCGACAUUGAUCUCAAUGUUCCAUAUGAUGAUGCUACUAAUAAUCCUGUUGACGCAGAGACAGUGGAGCGGAAUACUCAGGAACGUGCUAAGGCAACUUCAGUUACUUCAGCCCCGAGGUUUGACGUGAAUCAGGUGGUAAGUUCUAGUGAUGAGGCCAGUGCUACUGAGGGGCAUGAAUGUGAUAUAAGGACUGAACAAGAAGGCCAAAACACGCAAGAGGUGGAAUUCAUGAAUGGUGACCAUAAUGCAAAGGGUGGCUUCGGGUCUGAUAUAGAUGUUGUAACAGGAACAGUUCCUGAGGGAGAAGCUAUGGAGACUGAACAAGUACGAGAAGUUGUUGAAACCGAAAGAGAAGCGGAUGCUAUCGGGACUGAACAGGACAGAGUCCCUAUUGGAACUGAACAGGGAGGAGAUCCAAUUGGAACUGAACGAGGGGACCUUAUUGGGACUGAACAGGCAGGAGAGCAGGUAGGAACUGAACAAGAAGACCCUAUUGGGACUGAAAUGGAAGGUGACCAUGUUGGAACCGAAAAGGGAGAUCAAUAUGGAGCAGAGCGAGUCCUUGAAACUGAAAGCCAAAGAAACUCGAGCGAACAAAAUAUGAGGCUUAAUGAUGACUCUAUAGCUGUUCGAGACACAAUGGAGCUUGAUGAUGGAGGCGACUCUCAUUCUCAGGAAAAUACGAACCAUUUCCAGUCGAAGAUUUCUGCUCAGGCUUUGAAAGACGCAGAGGAUACUGAGGCAGAUAUUGGGGACUCCAUCAGAACAGGGGACCUCUUAGCUUCUGAGGUUGCAGGGAGCUGGGCUUGUAGCACUGCUCCAUCUGCCCACGGAGAGAAUGAAUCACCAAGAAGUAGAACUGAGAAGGAUGAUGUUUCUCCUCCACCUAAUAAUUUCAUUGGCACGGUUGCUGAGAGCCAGAGCAAUCCAUCUCCUGAGGCUGCUGUCAUAAAACAGAACCGGGAACAUCGAGCGUUGACCAAGAUGAUUGGGAUCGUUGCACCUGAUCUGAAGAAAAAGUUUUCAGGCUCCAUGGGUUGUGAUUCGGACCGAGAGGGUGAGACCCGGGGAUCUGCUUCUGAUUCUGGUGGCGAUAGCGAGACUGAGAGUGAUGACGGUGAUGGCGAUGGGAAGAAGAAUGAUCAUGGUGGGUCUGAUUCGGAUGCAGAGACUGAAGGGAGCAAUCGAGCUGAUGUUGGGGAUCGGUUAUCAGAAGAUCCAAUGGAUGAGGACAAUGAAGCUACUCAGGCAGACUCUUUCGGGUGAAGAGACAUGUAAAUACUGUACAUACUAAUUUUAUGUUGAUUGGGUAAAAUUUUGCGCGUGCGUACUGCUCUAAUGGGUAAUUUUUUUGGUUUUUCGUAGUUUCAGUAGAAGCAUAAAUUAUUGUCUCUUUUGUUCUGAAUCUCAAUUGGAUUAUGCAUCCUCAAAAAAGAACAAAAGUCUCAUUGAGGAUGAGUAAUGUAGUUGCAUAAUUAUUAUUUACUGUUCUAAAGCU